AUGUCGUCGGGUUUAAUUCGUCGGGACAAUGGCCACAAAACUCACUACUUUGCCAGCUCAGAUGAGUCCAAAAUCUGCGUGGUCAUGGUCGGCCUCCCAGCCAGAGGCAAGAGUCUUAUAGCUGGCAAAGCCAUGAGAUAUCUCGCGUGGGUCGGUAUCCCAGCUCGCGUAUUCAAUGUUGGCAGCUAUCGUCGACAGGGCACGCCGCAGCCCAACGCCACUUUCUUUGACCCUCACAACGAGGAGGGCGAGAAGAUGCGCCGUGCUGCGGCCGAUGCCGCAAUCACAGACAUGAUCCAGUGGUUCGAAGCUGGCAAGGGCGUUGUCGCGAUCUUGGACGCGACGAACUCGACGAAAGAGCGCCGCCGUUGGAUCAAUGAACGCUGCCGACAGGCUAACAUCGAGACGUUAUACGUCGAGUCGAUAUGUGACGAAGAGGACUUGAUCAUGAGCAACAUCCGCGAGGUCAAGACGACAUCCCCGGAUUACAAGGGGCAGGACCCGGAACUUGCUGCUCGGGAUUUCCGCGAGCGAAUCCGCAAUUACGAGAAGAUCUAUGAGACCAUCGAUGACAACGAGAAGAGUUAUACCUACGUAAAACUCAUCAACGUGGGCUCGACGGUCAUCAUCAACCAGAUCAAGGAUUAUCUGUCUAGUCGGCUGGUCUAUUAUAUCCAGAACCUUCAUAUCAAGCCUCGCUCGAUCUGGUUAUCUCGGCAUGGAGAGUCAGAAUACAACUUGACGGGAAAGAUUGGAGGCGACUCCAACAUCUCUGAACGUGGAGAGGCUUACGCCAAAGCUCUACCGGGUCUUCUAAAGAAGUCCGGUGUACCGCCGAAUACGAAGAUUGUGAUCUGGACCUCUACGUUAAAACGCACGAUCCAGACAGCUCGUCAUUUGGCUGCCGAAACUGGCUUCGAGAAGCUGGAGUGGAAGGCUUUGGAUGAGCUUGACUCGGGAGUUUGUGAUGGACUUACCUACGAGGAAAUCGCCGAAAAAUACCCCGAGGAUUUUGCCGCCCGCGACGAAGACAAGUACAACUACCGCUACCGGGGUGGAGAAUCGUAUCGAGAUGUUGUCAUUCGCUUGGAACCUAUUAUUAUGGAGCUGGAGCGCAGUGAGAACGUUAUCAUAGUGACCCACCAGGCCGUGUUGCGCUGCAUAUACGCCUACUUCCUUAAUACACCACAGGAGCAGAGUCCCUGGAUGGAAGUUCCCCUCCACACGCUGAUCAAGCUCACACCGCGUGCAUACGGCACGGAGGAACAACGGUUCAAGGCCGACAUUCCUGCUGUGUCGACCUGGCCCUUCACGGCUCGACCGCUCGUCGAGUUCAAACCGCGCGACCGCUCGCGCAUCGAAUCCGUCCUCGCCUACGGGGACCGCGUCCUCGUAGGACUGAAUAACGGGAGCCUACGGAUCUACCGCGUGAACGAGGUGGAGGAUGAGUCGUCCGGCGGCGGCGACACGAACGAUACCAAGGGGGCGAAUGCACAUGGGGAGAGUAAUACUACGAAUGGCGGGGCUACGACGGCACAUCUACCGCCGGUCAAGAUCAAGCAGACGGAUUUGCUGCGCGAGGUGGAGAAGUUCUCGCGGUACAAGGUCGAGCAGUUGGCUCUCAUUAAGGAGGCGAAGCUUUUGGUCUCGCUGUCUGGUGGGUAUGUCUCUAUCCAUGAUCUGCAGACGUAUGCGCUGCAGGAGCAGUUGACGCGGUCCAAGGGCGCGUCGACCUUUGCGGUGACCUCGAAUAUUGAUAAUGAUCCGGAGACCGGCGUGCCGUCUAUUGUGUCUCGGUUGGCGGUUGCGGUUAAGCGGAAGAUUUUGUUGUGGGUUUGGAGGGAUAUGGAGGUUGAGGGGGAGGUGGUCGAGAUGAGUUUGGUCAGUGGGAUCAAGACGUUGACCUGGGUGUCGGGGACCAGGUUGGUGGCGGGCUUGGGGUCUAGCUUUGUGAUGGUGGAUAUUGAGAAGGCUAGUGUCACGGAUCUGGUGGGCCCGGGGAGUAUUGGUGGCCUUGGGGGUCAGGAAACUGGGAGGCUGACGGGCGUCGGGGUUGCUAGUAUGAGUUAUAUUGGUAUCGGGGGGUCUGCGCCGAAGCCGUUGGCGACGCGGUUGUCUGAGGGUCAGGUCCUGUUGGCGAAGGAUAUCAAUACGCAGUUCAUCGAUAUCAAUGGCGCCUCGCUGGGGAGGCGGCAGAUUCCUUGGAGCCAUGGUCCGGCGGAUAUCGGGUAUUCGUAUCCGUUUCUGCUGGCUUUACAUGAUGCGUCGAAGGGCGUCUUGGAGGUGCGCAACCCGGAGACCUUGUCUUUACUCCAAUCCGUGCCAUUGCCGUCCGCCAAUAUCUUGCACAUUCCUCAGCCAACUAUCAGUUUGGCGCAUGCGGGCAAGGGGUUCUUGGUGGCGAGUGAUCGCACGAUUUGGCGCAUGGAGGCGCUCAGCUACGAUACCCAGAUUGACUCGCUCGUGGAGAAAGGGUAUCUGGACGAGGCGAUCAGUCUUGCGAGCAUGCUUGAGGACGCUCUCCUGAGAGAUAAACAGGGCCGGCUACGCGAGAUCAAGCUCGAAAAGGCCGAGGGACUGUUCAGGUUGCGCAAGUAUGCGGACUCGAUGGAUAUCUUCACCGAAAUAUCGGCCCCACCCGAGACUGUCAUCAGACUCUAUCCGAAGAUUGUGGCUGGAGAGCUGUCGUCGGUCACUGAGGAUCAGGAAGAAUCCGAAGACAGUGCCACCGAGAGUCCCUCUAAGACGCCCGACAACCAAAAGCAAGUCGAUGGUAAUCAUACUUCGGAUGUUGCUGUUGCAGCUACAGCCAAGACGCUUUCGCAUGCUCCCUCGGUCAUGUCGCUACUGCGGACCAAGACGGAUGACCUUAGUGAUGCGGCCAGUAUCCGGACGAGAAUGACCGAAGACGCCAAGACUGACAAGGCUCUCGAAGGAAAUGAUCUGAAGUUGGCUGUUCGUGAGCUGCAGAGAUAUCUGGCUGAUGUCCGUCGGCGGUUUCAGCGCUUCCUUAACCCUGACGGCUCUCUCAAAGUCUUUGAUAUGCCGACUGACGGAGCAACGGAUGAGCUGACUGAUUCCGUGUUGAAGCUGCUCGAGACCAGCACUAAGAAUAUUCAGGACCCUGAGUUCGGUGAGAAGCUCCGCGAGAAGGCCAAACUCGUUGAUACCACCCUCUUCCGGGCAUACAUGUAUGCAAUUCCCGCGUUGGCAGGAUCCCUCUUCCGUAUUGCGAACUUUUGCGACCCGGAUGUGGUCAUGGAAAAACUUGAGGAGACGGGUCGACACAAUGAUCUGAUUGAUUUCCUGUACGGCAAGAAGCUGCACCGACAGGCGCUGGAGCUUCUGCAAAGGUUCGGACAGGCUGAAGAAGAGGAAGAGACGGCUCCGCAGCUGCACGGGCCCAAGCGAACCGUCGUCUACCUGCAGAAUAUCCCACCAGAUCGGAUUGAUCUCAUCCUUGAAUUUGCAGAAUGGCCGCUGCGAGAAGACCCCGAGCUGGGCAUGGAGAUCUUCCUGGCGGACACGGAAAAUGCAGAGACUCUACCCCGGCAUCGCGUGUUGGACUUUCUGCGAGAGAUCGAUGUCAAUCUGGCCGUGCGAUACCUGGAGCAUGUUAUUGGCGAGCUAAAUGACAUGUCGCCGGACCUCCACCAGCAGCUGCUCAAUUUCUACUUGGACCGUCUGAAGAAAUACAGAAAGAAAGAAUGGGAAUUCGCUAGUGAAGAGGAUCACGUCGCGUGGCGAAACAAGUUCCUCACCAUGCUUAGGUCAAGCACGCAGUAUUCUCCGGCAAAGAUCUUGGACCGCCUCAAUCGUGACGAUCCCGAGUUCUUUGAAGCAAGAGCAAUCGUGUUCAGCAAGAUGGGACAGCACAAGCAGGCGCUGGAGAUCUAUGUGUUUAGGCUUGAGGACUAUGCUAAGGCCGAGGAAUAUUGCAACCAUCUCCACAAACAGGAUGAUCUAGCGUCUACCGAAGGUGGCCCUUGUGUAGCUUUGCUGGCUUACGAGGAAGACAAGCCAUCGAUCUAUUUGACUCUAUUAGCUCUCUAUUUAACUCCGCCACACGGAUACAAGCCACGGUAUGGUCCGGCACUCGAGGUGCUGGCCAAACACGGGUCUCGCCUGCCCCCCGGCUCAGCGCUGGAUCUGAUCCCCGAAACUCUCCCUGUAAAGGAGCUUGACUUCUACUUCAAGGGUCGCAUGCGCGCCGCCAACUCGAUCUUGAACGAGGGCCGGAUCGUGGCCAGCCUGCAGAAAGCAGAGAACAUCAAGACCCAAGCCCAAUUGCUGGUGGGCGAGGGCAUCGACCCCACGUCAUCGCGAUCCAGACACGUCACCAUCACCGAAGAAAGAGUCUGCGGCAUCUGCCACAAGCGAAUCGGGGGCAGUGUCAUUAAUGUGUAUCCAGAGUAA